AUGUCGCAAACACUCGCAUCCAGCAGUCGCAACUCGUCCACUUGCUCCUUGGAAGCACUUGAGACAGCCGACUUUCUCACAAGCAACAGCUCCCAUCUCUCCUCUUCAGCCACAUCCAUGAUGGAUGAACCCUUCUACUCCACAUCCGACCUGGCACCCAAGCUCUCCUCUGCACUCCCAUGCUCCAAGACGACAACCUCUCUCGCAUGCGCUCUUGAGGACAUGAUCCGUACAGAAGGAGGUGGAAGCUGGCCACCCAAGCCCACCUAUCGCCACUCUUGGCCGCACUCUCUUCACAUCUACGACCAAGUUGCAAAGCAAGCACCACCACGCUUUGUCACUUGCGAGCUGCGACCCAACUACACCGACACAGAACUGAGAGCAAGGAUCGAUGACAACCGCCAAUGGCUUUGCGACGCCUUGGCUUCUGUCAAGGUGGAACAAGUCAUCUCGACACUUGCUCAACUUGAUGCCAACGCGCGUCUCGGCCUGCUUGCUUGCAUGGCUUACCUUAGCCACCUCUAUCGAUGGGGUACACUUCCAGUUGUAGCCAUGGCACAGGAUGAAAACAAGAUCGACUUGCCCAAAACCAUCGCCGCACCCUUUCGUUGGCUCAACGAGUUCUACGGUAUCCAGUCUAGCGGAGGCUGUCUCUUCUCCAUGACCCUUGUCAACGUCAUUCCAAAAAGCGGCAGCAAGCUUGAGAUGGCUUACUCGAACAUGAAACACAUGCCCCACCAAUCCGUCAUUGACGCAGAGCGAUACAACGCUUUCGUCUUUUACGAAAUGGAAAGGAUCUCGCUGCCACUCUACCGCUCCAUGGCCCAAUGCCAGACCUAUCUGGCGCAAGGACAAGAAGAGCAAGCAGCACAUGCGCUCAAGCAAGGACAUGUUGCUCUUCAAGCCGCUUUCAAGCAUUUCUUCGACACUUUGACCGAGGAAAAGAUGCAAAAGGCGGUUUGGAUGUCGCAUGCUCAGGGUUUCCACGGUUGGGGGGUUGAUGGUUUCGAUGGUGUUUCUGGUGACCACUCUCUGCUUAUACGUACUCUGGAUGCAUUGCUUGAGAUUCCGCUCGAGACGCGAGCCGGUUGUCCAUUCGCUACGGUUCGAGUGCCAGUCAAGCGUUGGGAUACUCGUGCUGUCUGUGCUGAAGCCACUGGCAUGUUGAGCAGACUAUAUAACUGGAUGUGGCCCUCAGCCUCGACCAGGGCUGCCAGCAAACUGGCCACUGUCACCUGUGUCAGCAGCAAAGCAACAAAAGAGAUGCGAUUCAGCGAGGUAGCCUAUUCCAACGACUACCUCCCUCGCGGCCAAGUCAAUUGGAUCCGUUCCGUUCGCGAAGCUCGACUGCGCACACUCGCCUCUCUUUCCCCGCACUCUCCCGUCACAGCAGAGAUGAAGGAAAUGGCGAAAACGUUGAAACUUUGGAGGAUGGGUCAUACGCGUAAGGCCAUCUACUACGAACAUCUUGAUUUGCCCGAGAGAAAACCAAUGACGGCUUCCGGCGGUGUUGGUGGUGGUGUAGCUGGAGAGCACCAAGGGUUGGCACAGAUGAUGGAGAAAUUAGAGGCUAGAUUGAGGGCUAGGAUUGCUGCUACCAAGUGA